AUGGCUGCCUCUAUACCCAAGACAAUGCAAGCCUGGAGAUACCGCUUCGAAAACACCGAACCACACCUCGCAGAAGCACCAGUCCCAGUCCCUGCCGCAGAUGGCCUCCUCGUCAAAGUCCUCGCCAUGGGCGUCUGCCACUCCGACUGCACACUCCUAGGCAUGAAUGAACCCAUCCUCGGCAUGAGACCAGAAUUCACCAUGGGCCACGAAGCAUGCGGCGAGAUCGUACAGCUUGGAUCCGAUGUCGACAAAUCAGCCUUCGCCAUCGGAGACAAAAUCGUCAUGCUCAUCAUCCCUGGCUGCGGCAAGCAAACAUGUCCAGACUGCAGCAGAGGCUUCACUACCAUCUGUCGCUCCCCAGACAGCGGGAACUACGGCUUGGGAAUCUCCGACGGCUUCUUUGCGGAGUAUGUCACAGUCGCGCAGCGUGCUGCCGUCAAGGUUCCAGAAGGACUGGAUCUCGCCUCAGCUGCGGUCAGCGCGGACGCCGUCUUGACGGCAUACCAGGCUAUCAAAGAUACUGGCAACCCUCAGCCAGAUCACACAAUCGCAAUCUUCGGCCUUGGUGGCGUUGGCUUGAAUGGCUUGCAGACCGCGCUGCACAUGGGAGUGAAGAACCUCCUCGUGGCCGACAAGCGCCAAGCUUCCCUGGACGAAGCCAUCAAACUCGGCGUACCCAAGAGCCACACUUUCCUGGUCGGCGAAGGCACCCCCAUCGAGCAAUACGUCGCCGAGCAGCAGCUGCAAGUCGACAUGGCGUUUGACUUUGCAGGCCACGAGCAAACCUUCCAAGCAGCACAGAUGGUAGUUCGAAACGCAGGCACGAUUGUGCUGGUUGGUCUCUUCAGUCCUACGGUUCCACUGAUACCCCUCGUUUCUGUGCUCAAGGCGGUGACGAUCAAGUGUCAUUACAACGGUGACAUCAAGGGACUGCGAGAGUGUUUGGAGCUGGUCGGCAAAGGUGUACUGAAGCCGGUUGUUGAGACGGGGUCGAUUAGGGAUCUGCCGAGGGUUUUGAAGGAUUUGGAUGAGGGGAGGGUUAGGAAUAGGAUGGUUUUGUUGCCGGAUUGGAAGGAAUGA